AUCCCUCCCUGUACUCGGUGGGCGUAUCAACAUGACCAUGAUAUACUAGCACACCUUUCUGAUAGUCGCUUGGUGGACACCUGUGUUAGGGAAUGGAGUAAAUCCAAGGACCACAAGAUUUCACAAAAGUUGAGAAGUCCUUGGCACAACAUGGCGGCAUCUACACCCCUGACAGAGCAAGAUAUAGACAGCCUGACGGACAUCAUGGGUGCCAUGUCCCUGCUCGACCAGUAUGGCGUGCCCAUGGAGGGAGUUACUAACUUAGAUCAAGCAAAAGCAAGACUUAGAGGAAAGUUGUUGGAGGAUUCUGGAGGAAGAUUCAGAAAACCUGGUGAUGCUGCCAACAUAAUGAAGGAAGUUUUGCAACGUGACAAAGAGAGCCGACAAGAACUCCUCCAUCUGUGCGAUGCUGCCAAAGCGCUCCUGAUGUUGACAGUAGAGCCUGACGUGCGACAACACCUCAGCAUCAUCUUCGGAGACGUUGGUGACAUCCUGAAAAAGUGUCGAGGCCAACUCCAGAAGGACGACUGUCCCAUACUUGUAGCAGGAGAAACGUCUGCUGGGAAAAGCACCCUCCUAAACGUUCUGCUUGGAGAAAACAUCCUUCCAGCAACGCUACUUAGCACAACAUCAGUGAUUUGUGAGAUUAAGUACGGCCGGAGGAAGAAAGCAGUCAUCCAUCUAAACGAACCGGACCCUAAAACUGGAUCGAUGGUCCACAAUCUCCCCCUAGACGGGCCUACGGAAGUGGACCUGAAGAGAAUUUCUCAGUACAUACACGCCAAAGGAGAAGCCAGGGACACAGCAUCAAACUGUAAGAAGGUGGAAAUCUACUGGCCAUUGCCGCUGCUUGAGGGUGGCAUCUUCAUUGUGGACAGCCCUGGUGUGGGAGAGAACCCGCAGAUGGACGAACAUGUCAGCAAGUACAUCUCGGAAGCGUACGCCUUCAUAUAUGUCAUCAACAGUGCCAACGCCGGUGGGGUACAGCCAGGACGGCUCCUGAAGCUCAUGGAGCUAUCCAAGAGAAUUGGGCCAAAGGAUUUACACCUGUUCGACCCUAAAGCCGCGAUCUUUGUGUGCAACAAGUGGGAUCAGGUGCCAGAACACGAGAAGGAGGAAGUGAAGCAGGACACCAUCCGCAAGCUGAAGCAACACUGGCCAUCCAUGGAAGAAUCUCAACUGUUUCAUCUCUCAGCCGUUAAGGCCCAGGAAGCUGUUGGGUACGUGACCAAUGAUCUCGACAAGCUACUGGACGGGAUUGACUCACUUCUACCGCAGAGUCUCAGGCACAAGCUCACGCUCCAGCACAGGUGGAUCUGGACACUCGUCAAGGAAGCAACCAAAGUCGUCCGAGCGAAACUGAACAAUGCCAUGAGAAGCCAGGAGGAACGGCAAACAAAAGCUCGCGAAGUCCUGGCACGGUUGGUCAACUUUAAGAUGUUCACAGACAACCACAUCAAGAUGCUGGCAGAAGACCUUGCACACAAGGCGGGUAAAGUACUGAAGCGCUUGAGAGAAUACCUGCAAAGUGAGGAGACAAAGGCCACCAUUGUACGCGACACACUAAAGGAAGCUCCAAGUCUCACUUCCACCUCAGAGUGCGACUUUGUCCGAGGCCAGAUCCCCAAGCUUGUACUAAAGCACACAGAGGAAGCUAUGCGAACGUGGAACUCUAGUCACCAGUACUUUCAGAAGAUAGAGGCUGAUCUUAUCAAGAAUUUCAAAGAUAUUUUCAAUCUCAUCGAAGAGAAGCACCACCGUGAGAUUGAGCAAGCCCUGAAUGCCGAUCUGAAGACAAUGUCGGCUGCCACACCACAGGCUGAGGCUGCCAUCGCCUUCGAAGACGAAGAGUUCGGAAUGUUUGAGAAGGUCGUCCUUGGUGUCACCGCACCGAUAUGGAUACCAGUUGGUAUCGCAGUUGGUGUGCUCGCUGCAGUUAUCGGCCUCCCAAUCGUCGGAGUCAAAGCCAUAAAGGAGAGUAUGGACAAAAAGGCCGUCGACAAAAAGUUCAUGAAAACCUACAAUGAAAACAAAGAGGGGUACGUCAGAAGCAUCACCGACCAGACGAUUCAACCGCUCUGCGAGGGAGACCAGUUGGAGGCCUUCGUGACGGAAUGCCUACAGAGGCCCAUAGAGUGCCUGGCCAAACUAAAGAGUGCCAUUCCCAAGAUACAAGAAGCUGACAAGCAGAUGAUCGAGGCUCUUGAGAACGAGUCCAGAAGCCAAAAGGAGCUUCUACAGCUGUACAGUCCGCAGUACCAAGAGUGCAACGCACUUCUGGGGAAGCUCGCACUCUUCAACCUGAGACGUCUUAGGAAGAUAGAGUACGAUCUUGACGAGCUCUUGGCAUCUAUGCUACAGAAGAUAGGGUCAGGAGGGUUCGGCAUAGUUCACAAGGUCCAGAUCAAGAGACAAGGGAGUCUGAAGCAAGCAGCAAUGAAGAUAGCGAAGGAACCCAUCACUGAAGAGAACGUGAUUGAAUUCCACAAUGAAGAAGAGUGCCUUAGGUUUCUGAAGGAUCCUCACAUUGUUGACUUCUACGGAUUGGCAGCAGCACCACAUCCGGAAUCCGAUGGUCUUCGUCUCGGUGUCCUCAUGGAGUACUGUCCUUACACACUCUAUAGCUGGCUGCAUGAUCACAAAGAGCGAACCCCUGCAUGGUGGCCGGAUGAUGAGGCUAAGAAGAAGACAGGCUUCAGCACAGUCCGGGACCUGGCCUUGCAGCUGUGUCUGGGACUGAAGGCCAUGCACGAGAAACGGUACAUGCACCGGGACCUCAAACUGGAGAAUGUUUUGGUUACAGAGGAGGGUGUGGUGAAGAUUGCAGACAUGGGUCUUGCAAAGCACCUAGAGGAAGUCACAGGCACACAGGCAGGAACAUUGCUGUAUGCAGCACCAGAAGUGUUCCAUGGACGGGAACACUACGACAUCAGUGCAGACAUCUACAGUCUGGGCUUCUGUCUGCUGGAGAUGUGGUAUGGUAUGAGUGUGACGGAGGAUAAAGAGUAUCUGCUCAAAGUUCUUAGUACUGGCACACAGAAGUCUGUUACCCCGCCUACCAAACUGGCCAUUCCUAACACUCUGUCCCCCUGUAGUGGGUGGGUCGACCUGAUGAAAGGUUGUUGGAAGAAGGACCCAAAGGCCCGGCCUGCUGCAGGUGAUUGUGUGCAGCUGAUGACGAAAAUGAAACUGUGAACUAGAAAGGCAACCUUUGCGUAAAAAUGCAGAUUGUUCUCGUCAUUUAGACAACCCCGGUUUAAGAAGUGAACCAUUCCAAAUUAGCCAUUUUAGGUUGCUGGGGCAUGUACCCACUUGUGGAAUAAUAGGUUUCAAAAUAUCAAAAACUAAGGGAUUUCAAAACAUUCCAUUCGUCAUCAUCAUCAUCAUAAAAUUACUCAGACAGGAGUAACCUUGUUGACAUCAUUUGGCCUAGAAAUUAAAGCAUGAUGCCUAUUUGGAAAUUCAAUACACAUUGGGUCAAAAUGCCUGACCAAGGAACAAGAACAUGAGGCCUAGGAACUGGAAAACAAUAUAUUUAAGCCAUAUCUAUAAUAUGGACUGAAAUAUAUUGAGAAAUUGACUUUUAAUUUAGAUUAUUUCCCUCUCCUUAUGGGGGCUGAGAAAGCUAAAACUAUCACAAAAUGUACAGACAUAUAUUCUGAAUUUGAUUUGAUUGAUUUGAUAUAUUGAAAUUGCAACAGUGCAAUGCACACGGAACAGAGGCA